AUGCCUUCCCAUCAUCUUGUUUUGCCGUGGCUUCGACGGUCCACUAUUCCAAGGACGACACGUGCAACUCGAAGUUUCUCUGCAAGCAGAUCGACUCUUCUACGUGCUGCUCAAGCUUCCUGUCUUCAAGGCCAGCCAACAGUGUCAAAGUUGCAACCGAAAUCACCGUACCAGUCUUUCCCGUCCACUUUUGGCGGCUACCACUCGAUAAUACGCCGUGGCCUUGUCACUGACACCAGUGAUAAGGAUAAUCAUGAGAAUGAUGAUACUCCCAAGCCCCAAAUUGUGCUUCAGAAAUUGGGUGACUUUCCCUAUGGUUCACGGGAAUACAAGCUGGUCUUGCAACGGCAAGACAGCACCCAUCCAGUGGCGACAUUGCGAGCUCAUCGCAACAUGAUCUUUGGGGCGCAGCUUUUGGGGGAAAUUGUUGCCGAGAAGAAGAAAUCAUUGUCCGAGGUUUGUUUGCCGUUGCUGGAUGUCGCUUUGGAAGAUGCCUCCAAAGAAGCAGAACAGCCUCAGGCCAUGGCGACCCUCCAUGGAUUGUGUGACUGGGUGGCGGCACAAUGCCACGAUGAUGACGACAAUGAUGAUGAGGCUGUCAGUAGUAGUAGUGACAAUAAGAAUGCCAGUGAAAUUCUGCAUCAACUCAAGAUACAGUCGAAUGACGAAUUGUUGGCCUAUCAUGCAGUUCGUGCCAUCGCUACAGGUAUUCCCAGGCCAGGCCAUUCUGUUGUAGGCCAGGGCACCUUUCGAGAUGGACAAGCGGCUUGGGAAGCACUGGCCAAUGAGUUCAUUGACAAGAAAUUGGCAGAUGAAGUGGAACUCUACAAAACACGAGGGGCAACAGUGGUAGCUAUUGAGCACUUGGCGGAUACCAAACCAGAUUACCUGAAAAGUGCGGGUGGUGCCAUGGCUAGACUGUUCUUUCUGUAG